GGUGCCAGGUUAUUCUCCGGCCGCUUGUAGGGGUCGAAGGGCGCUACACGGCAAGCGAAGUGUUUGAUCGAGGACCAAGCGGGGCUUAUCGAUUGGAUCAGUCAUUCGAGGACGGAUUCAUUGCGAUAGGUACAGGUCCAUAGGUGGGAAAGGUGAUUCUUUGCGGCUGACGAAGGAUAAGGCGCCUUCGGGGAGGCAGUGGGGUUGAUGAUUUUGAUAGUUUAUCUCGAGAAUUGGGUGAGGAAAGUCUCGGAGUUCCAGUGAUAACUAGCGAAGAGGCGGUUUGAUUGCGAUUUGGAGGAUGAAUACAAGGUCGAUGAUGAGGAGGAGAAAAUUGACUGUUUGUGCAGACAGAGAACCCUAUAUACAUCGUUUGGGUUGAACUGGUAGGAAAGGCCAGGAAGGAAUAGGUACAUUUUGAUCAUAUAACUUGGCUUGUCAGAGACUUCUGUUUAAGUUGUGAUCUACACUGGUUUGCAUUUUACAUGCAACAGAAAAGAAACAUUUAGAUGAAGCUUCCAUCAGUUUCUGAAUUUUCAGCCCAGUCAAUUGUCUGCAAGGGACCUUACCAAAAUCAUGGAACUCUCCACCAUUCAGUUUUGGCUUAUCCUAAAUCAAGCACAGAAUACUGUAACUCAAUUUCUAAUUCUAUAGUAAAUAGUGUUACUUUUGGGGGUCAUGAAAACAAACUUCAAUGCUUAUCAAAGGCAAACCUGAAGUACCCAAUACUGUUUGCCAAGCUACAAGAAAGUGAUGCCUUUGAAAGCAAAGGAUGCAAAUCUUAUGAGGAUAUGCUAGAUGCAGAUACAGAGAAAUCUAGAGGCAAUUUUGAUAUUAAAAAAUCAUCUGAGGGAUCAAGUGAGUCACAUUUCAAUGAAGAUGAGGUAUCAGGUGCGCUGUCAAUGUCUAACGAAAAGUUCUUGGAGUAUCCACUUAACUAUGAAGUGUGCCUUGGCAAGUUACGGGCUGUAUACUUGCAUGUAUUGGCUGCAGAACAGUGGAAUGCUUCUCGUUUAAAUAAGUGCCACAGAUCCUACUUGGAAAGUGCCACGAAUUUGAUUCAUUAUAUGGCAUUAAACUCACUUGAUGUCGACGAACUUAAGCAAGAACUUUAUUCAUCAGGCCUUGUAGAUUUGGAACGGACCAAUUCCCAUGUUCUUGCAAGUAUUACUGCAGCCAUCAAACUCCUAAAAAAUCUACAACCCAAUUCGUAUGACAAGAACCACAAAACAUGGCCAUUGGAUGUGAUACACCAUGAUAAUGUUCAGGAGACUGAAAACUAUGUAGAUUUUGGCAUAAGUGCAAUGAGAAAGAAGGCAUCUAUGAACAAAGCAGCACUAUUUGGACCUGCUCAAGAUGAGAAAAACAUAAACAUAAUGGUGACAGUUGGUAGAGAAGCAAUUGACAAUGAAACCUUGCUCAGUGAUCUCGUCAAGUCAGGCGCAAAUGUAAUACGCAUCAACUGCGCACAUGAUGACUCAACUAUUUGGAGCGAAAUCAUUAGACUUGCAAAGCACUGCUCACAAAUGUUGGAAAAACCAUGUCGAGUUCUUAUGGAUUUAGCUGGGCCAAAGUUGAGGACAGGACCAAUGAAGUCUGGUCCACAAGUUAUGAAAUUAUCCCCUAAAAAGGAUGCUAAAGGUGAUGUCAUGUUUCCAGCUCAAGUUUGGCUGUCUCGUCCAGGUUGUGCCCCUCCUACUCCCUCAGCAGUAGAUGCAACUCUUUUUGUAGAAAGUGGUAGAUUUUUUAAUGAAAUUGGGAUAGGCAAUGUGCUCGAAUUUGUUGAUUGUAGGGGUAGACGAAGGUCACUCAAAGUCUCUAAAAGACUUUCUGCUUCUAGUGGCUAUGGCUUCAUUGCAGAGUGUUCACGGACUGCUUAUGUUGGCUCAGGCACCAAAUUGUGCAUACAGAAGAAGAAGGGUAAGUCUUCCUGUGGAGAAGUAGUGAAUGUGCCUGCAGCAGAUCAGUUCAUUAGGGUGAGAGUGGGGGACUUGCUGACUAUUAUUAGAGAACCUAGUUUAAUAUUUGAUGAAAUUGGUGCUAGCACAUGUGGUGCUGCAAAGGUAACAUGUAAUUCUGGUCGUCUUUUUGAUUCUGUGAAACCUGGAGACCCUAUAGCUUUUGAUGAUGGAAGGAUCUGGGGAGUUGUUCAGGGAACAAGUAUUAAUGAAAUAGUUGUCUCGAUAUCUCGUGCAAGUCCAAAGGGUUCAAAACUAGGCUCUGAGAAAUCAAUAAACAUUCCCAAGAGUGAGAUACACUUUGAAGGCUUGACCUCGAAGGAUCUUGUGGAUCUUGAAUUUAUUGCUGCUAAUGCUGAUAUGGUAGGCAUAUCAUUCAUUAGAGAUGUACAUGACAUGGAGAUUGUCCAGCAACAACUGAAGAAAAGAAAGCUUGCAGAGUUGGGUGUUGUGCUGAAAAUUGAAACUCAAAGUGCCUUUGAUAGGCUGCCUCUCUUGCUGCUUCAGGCAAUGCAGUCUCCUAACCCUUUCGGGGUUAUGAUUGCUAGAGGAGAUCUUGCAGUGGAAUGUGGAUGGGAUCAGAUGGCUAGUAUUCAGGAAGAGAUCUUGUCCAUUUGUAAUGCUGGUCAUGUUCCUGUUAUAUGGGCAACCCAAGUUCUUGAAUCACUAACCAAAACAGGCAUUCCUACUAGAGCUGAGAUCACUGAUGUUGCCAGUGGAAUGAGGGCAAGUUGCAUUAUGCUGAACAAAGGGAAGUACAUUACAGAAGCUGUUUCAACCUUGAACACUGUACUGGGCAGCUGUUCCACAAGUAAGAAGAAUAUGAAGACUUUAAUGAAGCCACUUUUCCCCACAAGUUGAAUGCAAGUUGCUUUUGCAGCAUAUCCUUUCCACAUAACUUCUUUCUCAGAAUUUAUAUGGUAAAUGUUGGUGUCUGUACACAGAUGUUGUAGGAAGGUGUUGCAUCAUCAUGAAGUGAUUCUGUAAUGAAAACAGAUCAUUGAUGCAUAACUUGGAGUCAUGUUGAAAAUUUGGUGAAAGUAGUCUGUUGUUGAACAACCUGUGUUCAUGUUGCACGUCUGCACAUAACUUUGGAGAUUGCAAAACCUGUCAACUUCAUUGUAUGGAGGUAUUGAACUGUUGUAAUCUUAUGCUUGAACCAACCGGCAAUGUUCCUUAGCUUAUUA